AUGACCGAUGGGUCGCCAGAAAUGGAGGCUACAACUGCUGCCAUUGCGCCUGCGAUGCUGCCUGUGGUGGAUCUGAUUGAAGUGGAGAUAUAUCUGUUUUUGUAUGUGUUGGCGGCGCUGAUAAAGUACAAGCUUGCGAUAGAGGCGCUUGAAACGGUAGACAAAGUGAUAUUGCGAUGCCAGCAGUUCAACCGUCGCACGCUUGACUUAUUCCAAGCCAAGGUCUUUACAUACUACUCAAAUAUUCACGAGCAGUUUGGUCACGACCUGCCUGCUAUCCGCAACACUUUACUGGAAGCUUACCGCACAUCGUGCUUACGUUACGACGAGGCUGGGCAGGCUACACUAAUUAAUUUGAUGCUACGCAAUUACCUAAAGGAGAAUCUGUACGAACAAGCCUAUAAGUUUGUUAGCAAGACAACAUUCCCGGAGACGGUGUCAAAUAACCAGUUUGUCCGCUACUUGUACUAUGUGGGCAAGAUCCAGGCCGUGCAAUUGGAGUACACUGAGUCGUACACAAAGCUGAUGCAAUCUAUUCGCAAAGCUCCAGCCAACACGGCGUUUGGUUUCCGACGCACUGUUUACAAGCUCGCAAUUAUUGUGCAGCUGCUUAUGGGUGAGGUUCCUGAACGUAACGUGUUUAACCAGGACGAACUUCGUAAGGCGUUGGCGCCGUAUCUGCAACUCACCAACGCCGUUCGCGUGGGUAAUCUUGAGGAAUUUAAUGUGGUUUUGUCACAUUUCGGAGCAGUUUUUAAAAAAGAUAACACUUACACGCUUAUUCUUCGCUUGCGUCAUAACGUCAUCAAGACAGGCCUGCGCAAGGUCAGCUUGUCGUACUCGCGAAUUCUUUUCACGGACAUUUGUGAAAAGCUUGCACUGGAAAACGCACAGAACGCUGAAUUUGUGUGUGCUAAAGCUAUUCGGGACGGCGUGAUCGACGCCGUGAUUGACCAUGAUAAUGGCUGGCUGCACCUCAAGGAAAUAGUGAACGUGUACACUACCGACGAUCCGCAGAUGGCCUUUCAGAGGCGUAUUACUUUUUGCCUAGACGUGCACAACGAAGCUGUUAAGGCCAUGCGUUACCCUCCAGAUGCCUACAAGAAGGACUUGGAGAGUGCCGAAGAGCGCCUGGAGCGCGAAAAGCAGGAGGAGGAGCUUGCUAAGGAAAUUGAGGAUGAAAUGGAUGAAGGACUGUAA